GGCCAGGCCCCCGGGUGGCGUCUCGACGUCUCCGUGCAUGUGUAAUACGGGGACGGGCAGCGCAUUCCCGCAUCUCUCGCACCGCCCUCACUCCGGUCCGUCUCUCUCCCCCACUCCCGAUCCAUCCAGACGCCGAGAUCUCGCGGAGGUUUCUCUUGCCGGAUCAGGAGGAGGAAAUCAGUUUCGCUUGUGAGUGGUGACCAUGGCGGAGGCGGCGCCGGCCUCGCCGUGGUGGGCGGGGCGGAUGGCGGCGGCGUUCGGGGCGCCGUUCCUGUGGCUCGUCUGCCUGAUCUACUUCAUCCAGGGUUUCAGAUCUUUUGUCUGGACAGCUGUCUCAUAUCAAAUGAAGGACAUCAUGAAGCUGUCACCCUCAACAUCACAGUUUUUGGUCUCUGCUGCAUUUUUCCCUUGGAGCAUAAAACCUAUAUAUGGGAUUGUAUCGGACUGUAUUCCAAUUAAGCAGAGGAAGCGUGUACCCUAUUUGAUCAUUUCUAGUGGUCUUUCUCUGUUUCCAUGGCUUAUUAUUGGGCUGUCAGAACAUUUGAGGAGCUCAAGCAAUCUUUUUACGCUAAUGUUGAUUGUACAGAACUUGGGAUCUGCCAUGGCAGAUGUUGUUAUAGAUGCAAUGAUUGCAGAGGCAGUUCGAUCAGCAGGGUCAGAAUUUGCUGGUGAUCUCCAGUCAUUAUCAUGGUCAUCAAUGGCUGUAGGGGGGAUAUUUGGGAGCUUAUUGGGAGGAUACGCAUUGUCCAAUCUCCCAAUAAAUGCUAUUUAUAUUAUUUUCUCUGCUCUUCCACUAUUCCAACUAGUUACAUGUGUUUUUGUUAAGGAAUCUUCGAAAGGAUUUGAUAGCACGAUAGAUAAUGCUGCACAUGAUCAUGCUGAUGAUCAGAAUAUUGAUAGUGCUUUUGCUGGACAAGGCUCAGGUGAAUCUUUUAAAUAUGUGAGCACUAGGAGGCGAAAGGGUGCUCGUAAAAAGAACAAAAGGAGAACAUUGUCCAAACGAUCUGAAGGUCAUGAGAAGCACAAUAAAUCAGUUAAUUUAUACUCAUCUCUGAAAUCAGCCUUCAUCAGUUUAUGCACAGCUUUUAAGCAGCCAGCAAUUCUGCGACCUAUGGCAUGGUUUUUCAUUUCAAAUUCAGCAGUUCCAAAUAUCUCAACAGUAAUGUUCUAUUAUCAAACGGAGGUUCUACAUCUGGAGGCAUCCUUCUUAGGGACUGCACGUGUGAUUGGGUGGUUCAGUCUAAUGCUUGGCACAUAUAUCUACAACCGCUACUUAAAGCAUAAAAAACUCAGGAAUAUUCUUAUGUUUGCACAUCUUGGCCUUGCGAUAAUUACUGUACUGGACAUUUUACUGGUGUCAAGAUUACAUAUCCAGUAUGGAAUAGCAGACAAAUACAUGGUGCUGUGGGGCUCUGCUUUGGCUGAUGCAAUCAACCAAUUCAAGAUGAUGCCGUUCCUAAUCCUCUCGGGACAACUUUGCCCACCUGGAAUCGAGGGCACACUGUUUGCUCUGUUCAUGUCCAUUAACAACCUCAGUUCGACAUUAGGUUCAUUCCUUGGAGCUGCAUUGACGUCAGCUUUGAACAUCUCGUCGGUACAGUUUGACAAUCUGGCGCUCGGCCUAACUGUUCAGCUGAUGGGCACUCUCUUACCUAUCGGAUUUUUGUUUCUGAUUCCAAGGGACGUCACGGGACUAACAUCAUAGGAAAAGGGAUACAGACCUGAUCGUCAUUUUUUCUGGACUGGUCUGGUCUGUAUUCCCCAGUCUUACUCAUACAUGCAUAUAGAGAAAGCAAAUUGAAGCCAGCAGGAAGGUAGCUCAGUUUUGUUGAAAUAUGUAUACAGGCAUAUACUUGAAUGAGAGGAAGAGUGCAAAUAGCUGACAUUACAAAGUGUUAAGCAAUGGCAAAACUGUGUAGCAAAUGUACUUGCAAGAACAUGUGUUACAUGGAAAGUGUUAUUGUUUAUGAUUUAGCUUUUGAUGUAUA